GUUACUGACACCACCGAAGUUGAAAUGUUACGGAAUUCCAAUGCUGCCUUACAUAUUAAAGUGUCGGGUUUGGAAGUUGAAUUAGCUCGGAAGGAUCGCGAAAUUGUGGACUUGAAGAGGAGGCUCCAAGAUGGUAAAUCACAUGAUAUUAUAAGUGCAACACCUCAGCUGGUUGUGCAGUCAAGAGGAGGUCGAAUGUUUAUGAAUCCAGAGCGGAAAGAAUCACUAACUAAUGGGUCCUCUAAUGCCGAUGCCCGCGCCAUGGAUUUUAAUGGAGAAUUUUGGGCGAUAGGGGUCGCGUGCUCACAAGUUCGCAACAUUUUUAGUCCCUAUGGAAUUCGGAUACUUACUAUAAAUCGACAGGAGUUCAAGCUUCGUGAAUGCUAUCCCCUACAUAGCGGGAGAUCAAGAGUGGUUGUGUUUUCGCCUUACGAAUCAAGCCUGCUUUUGUCAGGUGGCGAAGACAAACGGGCCAUCGUCUCUAUGAAUGGCGCUAUACGCCGACAAUGGAAGAUGCCACAUGAAAAGCCAGUUUGGACUGGAUGCUGGACAUCUGCCAACAAAGUUUGA